AAGGACGCACGCAACACAUUUUUCAUUUACAGAUAUAUGGCGUCGGACCGUGUUAUGAAUACAAUCAAAUGUUUACACCAGUGCUCUAAAUAUUGGGUCUGCAGUUAGUACUUAUAAUAAUCGAGCUUGCCCGUUUACCGAGAACUGAGCUACUACUGUUGGCUACCGGCAAUCCGCUGUUAUGUUCGCUACAAGGUCUUAAUAUUAUUAAGCGUCUGCUUCAUGCACAUGUACAUACAUUGUAGCACAUCACGAAUAAUAAGGAAGCGGGCAUCACCUGAUCAAUGCAUGAAAAAAGUGGGCGAACGUUUCGACGCGUGGUCCACGCCCCUUACUGUGUUUCGUUUGCAAUAUAGAUAAGAACCCGUUUCUCCUUCUACACUUGUUUGUGGAAACGGAACAAAGUGGAAAUUAAAAUAACGGUGCGAUUGGAAACAUGGAGUUCUGGACAUCUUUCAUUAUUUUGUCUUUGAUGGUGUCGGUGGCAGGCGGAGUGUCCACGUGGAGCUAUUCCGGAAGCAAUGGCCCAUCACACUGGAAAGACAUGGCUCACUCAAAGUGUGGUCUCUCCAGACAGUCUCCCAUCAACAUUGACACACAAGCAGUUGAGGAUUCCAACAUGCUGAGCGCUUUUCGACUGUACAACUUCAACAAGCCACUUAAUACGACCAUCAGUAACAAUGGACACACAGUUACUGUCCGUGUUAAUGGCGGUGACCUGCGAGUGGAGGGAGGAGGACUUUCAGGGGGAUACAAAGCUCUUCAGUUUCAUUUCCACUGGGGACACAACGACAGCAGGGGAUCGGAACACACUCUGAAUGGCCAACGGUUUCCAAUGGAGAUGCAUGUCGUGUGUAUGCAGGAAGGUGUAUCACAUAUUAGUGCCGCACUGGAAAAAUCGGACGGUUUGGCAGUUCUUGGGUUUUUCUUUGAAGUGUCGGACACCAAUAAUAUGGCAGUGGACAGCUUGGUCAACAGACUCCCGGCCGUGAAAAAUGCUGAUUCUACUUCUAAUUUUACCGACGUCAAACUCGGUGCCAUAUUGCCCUCCAUCUUGACAGAAUACUACCGUUACGAUGGAAGUCUGACUACCCCAGACUGCAACGAGGCUGUUGUGUGGACAGUAUUUCGUGAAACAAUCAAGAUAUCCAGUAUACAGCUGAUGAAGUUCCGAGAACUGCUUACCUCUCACAUGGUGGAUAAUGAGUACGAGCCUCUUGUCGACAAUUAUCGGCCCGUACAAAACAUUGGAGACCGUAAAGUAUACUUCCGAGUUGGCGUUUCCGUUGGUUCCCAGUUGUCGCUGUCGGUUCUGAUUCCACCUUUAAUGAUCUCCGUUCUACUUCACCUGUACUAAACAAAGAACCACCGACAGUCAGGCGGACUGUUAAUUAGUGUAAAUGAAUGUUGGUAUUAUACAGAGUUUUGUGACAUCCUGUAUUAACGUGUCUGUACAAUGGUCUACUGUACUUUUUUGUUUACUUUGUUUUAGAGGUUUUACAUUAAUGUUUCGUUUAACCAGAAUCAUAUUUGUUUUACACUUUAUAGGGCCUAAGCUCUUAGGUAUGAUAAUUUCACUGGUCCAAUCGAAAAGAAACAGGCCUAUAUAUUUGUUGUUGGUUAAAAGUUAUUAUAAGACAUAGAUUUUCGUAAUAUAUAAUGGCACCUAAAGGUAAAAUAACUGACAGGCUAAAAGUGUUUAUUGUGUUAUUUCAUAGUUGAAUUCGGUAUCGGUUGGACAGAAUGGAAUUCAGCGGUUAACCGCUCGCUUGUCGUAGUCUUGUACGCCACCCAACCCACCCCUCACCCUCGCCCCAACCUGGAUCCGCCUAUGUAUUUCACAAAUAAUCCAUUAUGAACUAGAUGUUGGUUUUGUGAUGUAAUAAUCAGAUACAAUCCGUCAUAUGUAUCCAGUAGCCAAUAAUGGCCACUAAGGACUUUGCUAUCGGUAGCAGUGAUGCAUCCAGGAUUAAAAUUACCAUUUUAAUGGCCCAUUUUAUUUAUUUAUUUCCUAGAAAACAAUUUCUCUCAGAUACGAAUCAACACAUUACAACAGUGUCCCAUAGAGCACACUAGAAUAACACAUUUUUGGACAGGAGCUGCUUCACGAUUUAGUUACUUCACAUUGACUUUACAAAAUUUAUGGAUCUGCUAAUGGGUUUGGGGAAUAAGUGAACACUGACUAACUAGGAUAUCUGAUGACACUGUUUCGCUUAUCUCCCCAACCUCUAAAACAGUAUUUUUCUCAUUCAGUUUGGUGUUGUCAUUUGAACAAUUAAAUUGAGGGUCAUCAAAUCUCAUUUAGAUCUGACGUUGAUUCCUAGAAAUUCUCCUAUGCAUUCUUUUGCAGAUGUUUGUGAUGAUCCGUUUUAAUGGUGCCUCUUGCGAUUAAUAAAUCACAUUCGUAUAUUUGUAACCGGAUAUGUUCACAUUCAAAAUAAUUAUAUGUGAAAGGAAAUCAAAUUCUAAAAUUUAAAAACAACCCGAACAUAUUUUUUAUUCUGUGAAUUUUCCAGCCUUUUAAGGACAGUAUGGAUCACCUUAUGUGCUUAACAAGCAAAUUGGGGUCCAAGGAAAAUCUAUUACACUAAAAGAAAAUACUACUUGGCGGUAAUGGGAGUUUAUGGUACCAAUUUGUGUGUGUGAUGAAAAACGUAUGUACAGCUUAUCUCGUCAACAAGCAUUUGGUUUUAAUCCGACAUCGCAGGUCUUCCUUAAUGUUUGGUACGACUUUUUAAAGAAAUAGUGGCUGUUGUAUACUGUGCCCUGGUUUAACCCUUUAAAAAAGGUUUGCCUGAAUGAAGUUAUGUACAUGGGUUCGUGUUAAUUACCUUUCUUCAGAAAAUAAAUUGUGAACUGUGUAGAUAUAGUGAUAUAGUAUUUAAUCUAGUACUAUUGUGUGCAUACUGUAACACAAUUAAGAAGGUUUGCCUGAAUGAAGUUAUGUACAUGGGUUCGUCUUAAUUACGUUUCUUUAGAAAAUAAAUUGUGAACUGUGUAGAUAUAGUGAUACAAUAUUUAAUCUAGUUCUGUUGUGUGCAUAUUGUGUGCAUAUUGUAACAAUACGUGGUGUUCAUGUAAGUGCACAUAUUUGUUCAUGUUUUCAAUGUUUGAUGUAGACAACAUUUUGUAUUUUUAUCUAUAAUAUUGUUUUGUGUUAUUGUUGUUUUUUAUUGUGAAUUAAAAUGUAAUAAUACCUACA